AUGGAUGAAAUAUUGAGAUGGAAUUCUUCACAAAAUGGAGUUUAUUAUAUGUAUUUGCCCAGGGAUUCAACUUGGACUCCUCAAAUUGUUCUGUUGAAUUCAGCAACAGAGGUUCUCGGCAUUGACACUGGUAAUCAAAUCGAGGAGAGCAUUAUAUUAGCCUCCAAUGGCAAAGUGCUAUACACUGUUAAUGGGCUUGCAAUCACAAAAUGUUACGCUGAUAUUUUCUAUUACCCCUUUGAUCAACAUGACUGCACUUUGGAUAUUUUGAGCCCGCUUGACAAAGAACACAUGGUUCUGAAAAGCAUUGAGUUUGACUUUUAUUUUUUGCCAACCAAUAGCAAAGAGUGGACAAUUAUAGACAUUUUAAAGGAAAAUACGACCCACAAGUUUUCCGCGGUAUUUGAUCACAAUCGUGUUAUUUUUACAGUACGUUUUAAGAGGAAGCCAGAAUUUCUCAUUUUGAAUAUUUUGAUUCCUAUCAUAGCUUUAGGUCUGACUAAUCCUCUAGUUUUUGUACUACCAGAAUCUUCUGGUGAGAGAGUUUCACUAGCGGUCACCAAUUUGCUGACAAUGGUUUUCUUUCUGAAUUUGGUCGCUGACAGUUUGCCUCGCAGUAGUGAUCCAAUAAGCAUGCUGAACAUCUCAAUAAUGAUUCAGAUCGGAAAUAGCAUUUUUAUUCUAAUCUUUACAAUUUUGACAAUUAUCAUUUCCGACAAAACGGUGAAGAAUGAUCCUGUUCCCAAUGCAUUGAAAAAUUUAUUAAUGAGAAUUGCUAUCAGAAAGAUCAAGAAAAACGCAGUUGGAUCGGAGGGAUGUGAAAUGGAAAAUCAGACCCUGGGAAGGUGUGGGAAAUCAAUCAGUGGUGAGGGAGAUCAUGAGAACAGUACGGGAAAAGAGAAAGCGAAAACUCCAGACUGGAUUACCUGGGAAUAUAUUAGUAACAUGACAAAUAAGGCAUGUCUAAGAAUGUUCUUGCUUUUGAUUAUUGGAAACUGGCUUUCCUACGUUAUUUUCAUUUGCUGGCCAUCCAUAGUUAAAUGA